AUGGCACAUAAUCUUGCCCAAUGUCAGGUGCUCGUGAAAAAGGCUGUAGCUGCUGGUGCCAAGGCACUGUUCCUUCCCGAAGCCGCCGACUAUAUCGGCUCUUCAGGUGCUGAGACUGUAUCAUUAGCACGCUCUGUUGAACAGAGUGAGUUUGUCCAAGGCUUGCGGAAAGAAGCCAAAGAGGCGAGGCUGCCUAUUAAUGUCGGCAUUCAUGAACCUGCUCAAGGAGGAAGCAAGGUGAAGAACACCUUGAUAUGGAUCAACGAGAACGGCGAUAUUGCGCAGCGCUAUCAGAAAAUCCAUCUAUUCGAUGUCGAAAUAAAAGAUGGACCAGUCUUGAAGGAAAGCGCGAGUGUCGAGAAAGGUAUGGACAUUCUUGAACCAUUCGAAACACCGGUGGGAAGGGUAGGCCUGGCAAUAUGCUUUGAUUUACGAUUUCCUGAGAUAUCUCUUGCCCUAAAGAGGCAAAACGCGCAGCUCAUAACAUACCCUUCGGCAUUCACGGUGCCAACGGGAAGAGCACAUUGGGAGAUCUUACUUCGAGCACGAGCAGUCGAGACUCAGUCGUAUAUCAUUGCUGCUGCCCAGGCUGGAUCGCAUAACGACAAACGCCUAAGCUAUGGGCACUCGAUGAUCGUCAAUCCGUGGGGAGAGAUUGUUGCAAAGCUUGGAGGUGACUUUAGUGAGCCCGAAAUUGCAACUGCAGAUAUCGAUCUCGAUAUUGUUGCCAGAGUCAGAAGAGACAUGCCACUACUGCGAAGGACCGAUGUAUAUCCAGAGGUUUGA